AGGGCUUUUGUCAACAUGAGCGAAAAGACGGAUAGCCUCCAUUUCCAGUUUGACAACUACGGGGACUCGAUGCUGCAGAAGAUGAACAAGCUGAGAGAGGAGAACAAAUUCUGUGAUGUCACCGUCCUCAUCGACGACCUGGAGGUCCAUGGCCACAAGGUCGUCUUUGCCGCCGGCUCGCCCUUCUUGAGAGACCAGUUCCUGCUCAACGACUCUAGGGAGGUCAAGAUCUCCAUCUUGCAGAGCUCGGAAGUCGGGCGUCAGCUGCUCCUGUCCUGCUACAGCGGGGUGUUGGAGUUCCCCGAGAUGGAGCUGGUGAACUAUUUGACCGCCGCCAGCUUCCUUCAGAUGAGCCACAUUGUGGAACGCUGCACGGAGGCGCUCUGGAAGUUCAUCCGGCCGAAGCAGAAGUUGGAGAGCAAAGAGGAGAGCCAGACCAGGGCCAAAUCCUCCCAGUCGAAGGAGGCCGUCGGAGCCAGCGGGGUGGAAGAAGAGGAGGAGGAGGAGGAAGACGAAGAGGAGGAGGAGGAAGACGAUGACUCCUUGCAGCCCGAUUCGCCUUGCCUCCAGCCCUCGGAGGACAGCCUGGACAUGGACAACAGUGACAUCCAGAUCGUGAAAGUGGAGUCCAUUGGGGAGGUGGCGGAGGUGGGGAGCAAAAAGGACCCCGGGCUGUUCGUUUCCUCCGAGCAGCAGAGCUCACUCCCUUCCUCAGAGCCCCAGCACUCCCUGAUCAAUUCCACCGUGGAAAACCGGGUUGGCGACCUGGAGCAGGGCCAGCUCCACAACUACGCCCUGGCCUACUCGCCGGCUGACAACCUCAUCGUGGCCUCCAAGGAGCUCUUUGGCCCCAGCCCCCGCGGAGCGGACAAGGGCCUGCAGUGGCACCACCAGUGCCCCAAGUGCACCCGCGUCUUCCGGCACCUGGAGAACUACGCCAACCACCUGAAGAUGCACAAGCUGUUCAUGUGCCUCCUGUGCGGGAAGACCUUCACCCAGAAGGGCAACCUCCACCGGCACAUGCGCGUCCACGCCGGCAUCAAGCCUUUCCAGUGCAAGAUCUGCGGGAAGACCUUCUCCCAGAAGUGCUCCCUGCAGGACCACCUCAACCUGCACAGCGGGGACAAGCCCCACCGGUGCAACUACUGCGACAUGGUCUUCGCCCACAAGCCCGUCCUCCGGAAGCACCUCAAGCAGCUCCACGGCAAGAACAGUUUCGACAACGCCAAUGAGAGGAGCGCGCAGGACUCCGCCGCGGACUUCGAGGCAUUCGUCUGCAGCUCGGCGGCCGACGCCAAAGGCUGCCCCGCCAACGAAGCCAGCCAGGCGCUGGACGCGGGGAAACUGGCCCAAGCCGUGCUCAGUUUGCGGAGCGAAAGCACCUGCGUGAAUUGAGGGCUUGCCUCAACCUCCCCAGCCUCUUCUGCCAUUAACCACUGCGGGGAUGGAGGAGCUGGCCUAGGCACUCCAACCUGGAACGGCUCCCCACUUUUGAGCUCCGGUGGGGUGGAGCUGAACCUGACCUUGUAGCCAGCCUCCUCCGACCUCUUUCCUUUAGAAAGGCGUGUCUACAAGCGACUUUUGUCUCUCUUGAGAGCGGAACCUCCUCCUGUGAAUAUUACAAGAGCUGGCAGAGGGGAGAAACCCCCUGGUUUGGUUUAAGUUCUGCCAAAAAAAAAGCACUUGGUGGUGAGCCAGCCAAAGGCAUUUUUAAGAAGAAAAACCACGAACGGAUACACCCCGUUCUUGGUGAAGUUUUUAAGCUAAAGACAGGACUGUGUUCUUAGAAAAAGGAGAGGGGGGAAAAAAACACUGGAUAAUUAUAAAAAAAAGUCUUUUUACUCGGUCGCCUCUGGGCGCAUUUUCUUCUUUUGUAUUCUUUAUUAAAAACCAUCAGGUACGCCUUCCCUCUCAGCGGCUCCUAGCCUAAAGGAGCAUCAACGCUUAACACAGUAGUUCCUUGCUAAUAUGGCGAGUGGGGAGAACAGCAGCACAAUUGCUUCAGAGCAAAACUGGGGAUGGGGUGAGAAUUGGAUCAGCAGGCUGGUGGAAUGGCCUUUCAUGCUGUGUGAUGACCCUCCCCUUUUUUGGCUCAGGCUCAGCUCCUCCCUACCAGAAUAGCUGUCACCGCAUUCUUUGCAGAGACGGCAGCGUGGUGGUGUUUAGGACGGUUAAGUUUGUGUGUCUCUCCAGCCACCUACCCACCUCCUCCUCGCCCAGGGGAUUCUUGCAACGCAAAUUAGGUUUUUCCCCUGAAACGGUUUCUCUUCUGAGGCUAAAAGGGCCCUCAGCUGACAUCCCUCGAUUUUCUGACGUAUAUCCCUGGGAUCCCAAGUCGGCUAAAAAAAAAACAACCAUAUUUUUCGGACUAUAAGACGCACCAGAGUAUAAGACACCAAGAUUUUUUUA